AUAAUCGCCUUCGAUGAACUUCGGACAGACUUCAAAAGUCCAAUAGAUCAGUGCAACCCAGCGCACGCAAGAGAGCGGCUGAGAAAUAUUGAGCGUAUUUGCUUCCUUCUGCGAAAGCUGGUGUUGCCGGAGUACUCUAUCCAUAGUCUUUUCUGCAUCAUGUUUUUGUGCGCUCAGGAGUGGCUCACACUGGGGUUAAAUGUUCCUUUGCUUUUUUAUCACUUCUGGAGGUAUUUUCGUUGCCCAGCAGAUAGUUCAGAGCUUGCAUAUGAUCCACCUGCAGUCAUGAAUGCAGAUACCUUGAGCUACUGUCAAAAAGAGGCCUGGUGUAAGCUAGCUUUCUAUCUCCUUUCCUUCUUCUACUAUCUGUACUGCAUGAUCUACACUUUGGUGAGCUCUUAA